CUGUGGGGCCCAUUCCGUAAGAUCAACUUGGAGAAGAAGCGAUUCCGUCGCCGAUUACAGAGAAGAAAACACAGAGACCUCUCACCGGAAAAACCCUCCCUCCCUUAUUUAAAACCCUACUCUCUCUCUAAAUAACUCUCUCUCUCUCUCUCUCUCUCUCUCUCUUCAUGGAUAUCGACCCUACAGAGUACCGGCUGAGCCGUGAACUUCGAGGUCACGACGACGACGUUCGUGGUAUAUGCGUUUGUGGCAAUGUUGGGAUAGCAACUUCGUCGAGAGACAAAACAAUUAGGGUUUGGUCGCUGGACCCAUCGAACAACCGAAACUACGACACGUCGAAAAUACUACUAGGGCACACCAGUUUCGUGGGGCCACUGGCUUGGGUUUCGCCGGAUGAGGAGUUUCCUGAAGGCAGGAUUGUGUCCGGUGGGAUGGACACUCUUGUUUUGGUUUGGGACUUGAGGACCAGUGAGGCCGUGCAGACGCUGAAGGGACAUCAAUCGCAGGUCACCGGCAUUGCGCUGGACGGGUUGGACAUUGUGUCGGCUUCGGCUGAUUGUACAUUAAGAAGAUGGAGGAAAGGUCAACCCAUUGAAUCUUGGGAGGCUCAUAAAGCAGCAAUUCAAUCUGUUAUAAAGUUGCCUUCAGGCGAGCUUGUUACAGGUUCAAGUGACACAACUUUAAAGCUUUGGAGAGGAAGGACAUGCGUGCAUACUUUCGUAGGGCAUACAGAUACUGUUAGAAGCCUCGCUGUGAUGCCUGAUUUAGGAAUUAUUUCUGCAUCCCAUGAUGGUUCUAUCAGGUUAUGGGCAAUUAGUGGUCAAGUUUUAAUGGAGAUGGUAGGUCACACUUCCAUUGUCUACUCUGUGGAUUCACAUGUUUCUGGAUUGAUUGUCAGUGGCAGUGAGGACUGCUUUGCGAAGAUAUGGAAAGAUGGAGUUUGUAUAGAGAGUAUAGAGCAUCCUGGUUGUGUUUGGGACGUGAAAUUCUUGGAAAAUGGUGACAUUGUGACUGCAUGUUCCGAUGGAGUUGUACGUAUUUGGACAGUAAAUAAUGAUAAGAUUGCUGACUUGUCAGAGCUUGAAUCAUUUGCUUUUCAACUUUCUCAUUACAAGAUUAGCAGGAAGAAAGUUGGAGGUUUAAAAUUGGAGGACUUACCAGGCCUAGAGGCUUUACAGCUUCCAGGAACAAGUGAUGGUCAGACAAAGGUUGUCAGAGAAGGGGACAAUGGUAUGGCAUAUGCAUGGAAUUUGAGGGAGCAGAAGUGGGAUAAGAUUGGUGAAGUUGUUGAUGGACCAGAUGAUAGCAUGAAGCGUCCUAUUCUUGAUGGGCUUCAAUAUGAUUAUGUAUUCGAUGUCGACAUUGGAGAUGGUGAGCCUAUUCGUAAAUUGCCUUACAACCGAUCAGAUAAUCCAUAUGCUACAGCUGAUAAGUGGCUUGUGAAGGAGAAUCUUCCACUUUCCUAUCGUCAGCAAAUUGUGGAAUUUAUACUCCAAAAUUCAGGACAAAGAGAUUUUGCUCUUGAUUCAGCAUUUCGUGAUCCCUACACUGGUUCUAAUGCUUAUGUACCAGGAGGAUCAUCCAACAUGUAUGCUACCUCAUCAAAACCUACUUUCAAGCACAUUCCCAAGAAAGGAAUGCUUGUUUUUGAUGCGGCACAGUAUGAUGGGAUUCUCAAAAAGAUUUUAGAGUUUAACAGUGCUCUACUCUCUAAGCCGGAACAAAAAGGCUUGUCGCUGACAGAGCUUGAGGUUUCAAGAUUGGGUGCUAUUAUCAACAUUCUGAAGGACACAUCACAUUAUCACUCCAGUAUAUUUUCAGACAUUGAUAUUGCUUUGUUGCUGAAAUUGGUAAAAUCAUGGCCAAUUGCAAUGAUAUUUCCGGUGAUCGACCUAUUGAGGAUGAUCAUUCUGCACCCGGAUGGGGCUACUAGACUACUCAAGCAUGUGGAUAAAAGUGAUGUGCUAAUGGAGAUGAUUAACAAUGUUACUUCAAGUCCCCCCCUUCCAGCAAAUCUUUUGACCAGUAUACGUGCUGUUACUAACCUCUUCAAGAAUUCAUGCUACUAUCCUUUGUUGCAAAAGCAUCGCAGUGAGAUUCUUGAUGCAUUUUCAAGUUGUUGUUCAUCUCCAAAUAAGAAUGUGCAAGUGUCUUAUGCUACUUUGAUCCUCAAUUAUUCUGUGCUGUUGAUUGAAAGCAAGGACCAAGAAGGCCAAUCCCACGUUCUCUCAGCAGCUCUUGAGAUUGCGGAAGCAGAAAACCUCGAAGUUGACUCAAAAUUCCGGGCUUUAAUUGCCAUCGGAUCACUGAUGCUUGAGGGCCUCGUCAAAGGAAUAGCAUUGGACUUUGAUGUGGAAAAUGUUGCCAAAACAGCAAAGGCUUCUAAAGACACCAAGAUUGCUGAAGUUGGAGCUGACAUUGAACUUUUAGUAAAGCAGAACUGAUUUAGUUAUUUCCUGGUGAUUAAUCUUUUUGUUUCAAGCUUUCUGUGGAUGGGAAAAUAAUCGACAGAUAGAUGAGAUUCUUGACAUUGGAGAUCAGAAACAUUGAUACAUCCAAAAGGUUUACCCAGCAUUGGUUGAAACUCAUAUGCAGCAAGAUCUAUGGUGACAAAUGAUUUCACAUAUUUUCCUUUUUCUCUUUAAAAGAAGAAUUAAGCUCUGUGUAAUUUAAGAACAGCGAGUUUGAAGGUCGGACCGGAAGGUUGUUUUUGUUAACUGGUGGUUUUUCUUGUAUCUCUUGCUUGUAUUUAUAGAGAGUAUGGUUUUAUGCAGAUCAGCAGAUGUUAAUAUUC